AUGGAUAUACAAAUUCCAGAUUUAGAGUCUUAUAUUAGACAACAAUUGUCAACUCGUAUUAUGUAUCUUGAUGGUGGUAUGGCUACAGUCAUACAACAACUAAAAUUAACGGAAGAUGAUUUCAGAGGACAGAGAUUUCUAAAUCAUCCUAAAGAUCUCAAAGGAAAUAACGAUCUUUUGGUGUUAACACAGCCUCAACAUAUUAGAAAUAUUCAUAUAAAGUAUUUAGAGGCUGGUGCUGAUUUCGUUGAAACUAACACUUUUAGUAGUACUUCUAUCAGUCAAGCAGAUUAUGCUUGUGAAAAUUUGGCCUAUGAAUUAAACAAAGAAGCUGCUAAAUUAGCCAAAGAAGCAUGUCUUGAGGUUACUGCACGUGAUCCAACAAAACCUAGAUUUGUCUGUGGUGCAAUCGGUCCAACAAAUCGUACGUGUUCUAUCUCACCUUCAGUAGAAAAUCCUGCUUAUCGUAACGUUACUUUUGACGAAUUGGUCGAGGCAUAUACGGAACAAACCAGAGGGCUUUUAGAUGGUGGUUCUGAUGCUAUUUUAGUUGAAACUAUUUUUGAUACCUUAAAUGCUAAAGCAGCUCUUUAUGCAGUUGAUACACUUUUUGAAGAAGGCGCAUAUAAACGAGUGCCGGUACUUAUCUCUGGCACAAUUGUAGAUCUAUCAGGACGUACUUUAAGUGGACAAACUGGAGAAGCGUUUGUUACAAGUGUUUCUCACACUCGACCUUUGGCGAUAGGAUUAAAUUGUGCAUUGGGUGCUGAUCAAAUGCGGCCAUUUAUUAGAAAUAUUGCAAAUUUUACAAGUUCAUAUGUGCUCUGUUAUCCAAACGCAGGUCUACCAAAUACUUUUGGUGAAUACGAUGAAACACCAGAAAUGAUGGCAAAAUCUAUACAUGAGUUUGCAAAAGAGGGUUUGAUUAAUAUAGUAGGGGGUUGUUGUGGUACCACACCUCAGCAUAUUGAAGCCAUCGUAAAAGUAUGUUCUCAAUAUAAGCCACGAGUCCCCCCGCCUGAUAUUAGUUUAGAUAAGUUGGUUGUGGCUGGUUUACAAAUUCUGAAAAUUAAUAAAGAAAGCAAUUUUGUAAAUGUGGGUGAAAGAUGUAAUGUUGCCGGUUCAAGGAAAUUUGCCAAGCAUGUGUUAAAUGGCGAAUUUGAAGAAGCCUUAGCCAUAGCUAAAGCACAAGUUGAAAGUGGUGCACAAGUUAUUGAUGUUAAUAUGGAUGAAGGAAUGUUGGAUGGUAAAGCUGCCAUGACAAGGUUUUUAAAUUUAAUUGCAAGUGACCCGGAUGUUUCAAAGUUACCAAUAAUGGUUGAUUCAUCAAAUUUUGAGGUAGUUUUAGCAGGUUUAAAAUGUGCACAGGGUAAAUGUAUAGUAAACAGUAUUAGUUUGAAAGAGGGUGAGGCUGAUUUUAUUAAAAAAGCAAAAAUUAUUAAAAGGUUUGGAGCAGCAGUCAUUGUUAUGGCCUUUGAUGAACAAGGUCAAGCAGAUAUUAAAGAACGUAAAAUUGAAAUUUGUACUCGGUCAUAUAAUAUAUUAACAAAAACAGUUGGAUUCAACAACAAUGAUGUUAUUUUUGAUCCAAAUAUUUUGACAAUAUGUACCGGUAUGGAAGAACACAAUAACUAUGGAGUAGAAUUUAUUGAGGCUGCUAAACUUAUUAAAGAAACUUUACCUGGAGCAAAAAUUAGUGGUGGUGUAUCAAAUUUAUCAUUUUCAUUUCGUGGAAUGGGCAAAAUUAGAGAAGCUAUGCAUAGUGUCUUCCUUUUUCAUGCGAUCAAAGCAGGUCUUGAUAUGGGCAUUGUUAAUGCAGGCUUUUUGACUAUUUAUGAUGAAAUACCAAAAGAUCUAUUGGAAUUAUGUGAAAAUGCGGUUUGGAAUAAAGAUCCUGAUGUUACAGAAAAAAUUUUAAGUUAUGCUCAGAAAUUUGGCAAGGGUAAUGUUAAAUAUAUUGUUGAGGAUACUGAAGAAGCUGGCAACUGUGUUAUUGAGGGACCGUUAAUGGAUGGCAUGAGUACAGUUGGCGAUUUGUUUGGAGCAGGAAAAAUGUUUUUACCACAGGUUAUCAAAUCUGCAAGAGUAAUGAAAAAGGCAGUGGCUUAUUUGAUUCCAAUUAUGGAAGAAGAAAGGCAAGCCGGACUUGUUGCAAAUCCUGAUGCUGAAGAUACAGGUCCACAAAAUGCAGGAGUUGUAGUGAUAGCUACUGUAAAAGGAGAUGUACAUGAUAUUGGAAAAAAUAUUGUUGCAGUUGUACUUGGUUGUAAUAACUACAAGGUUAUUGAUUUGGGUGUUAUGACACCGUGUGAAAAGAUUAUCGAUACAGCAAUAAAAGAAAAGGCUGAUGUUAUUGGGUUGUCAGGAUUAAUUACUCCAUCGUUGGAUGAAAUGAUUACAGUUGCUAGAGAAAUGGAAAAACGUCAAUUAAAAGUUCCAUUAUUAAUCGGUGGCGCUACUACGUCAAAGGCUCAUACUGCAGUUAAGAUAUCUCCACAAUAUAGUCAACCUACCAUUCAUGUAUUAGACGCAUCGAAAAGUGUUGUAGUGGUUUCCAAUUUAUUAGAUCCAAAAUCGAAAGAAGAUUUUUGGGAUGAUAUAAGUGAUGAAUAUUCGGAAAUUAGAGAGGAUCAUUUUUCUUCAUUAAAAGAUAGAAAAUAUUUAUCAUUAAAUUCAGCUAGAGAAAAAAAGUUCCAAAUUGAUUGGUCUAUACAAAAACCUACAAAACCUAACCUUAUCGGUAAAAGAAUUUUUGAAAAUUAUGACUUAAAGAGAAUAUCUGAAUAUAUUGAUUGGAAUCCAUUCUUUCAAGUCUGGCAGUUGAGAGGAAGGUAUCCUAAUCGAGGAUUUCCAAAAAUAUUUAAUGAUGAACAUGUUGGGGCUGAAGCUAAAAAAAUUUACGAAGAAGCACGCAUUCUUAUUAAAAAUAUUAUCGAUAAUAAAUCAUUUAAUGCUAGAGGAAUAGUUGGAAUAUAUCCUGCGAACAGUGUUGACGAUGAUAUUCAGGUUUAUGAAGAUGAAAAUAGGAGCAAGGUUGCUUGCACUUUCUUUGGGUUAAGGCAACAAGCAGAAAAGGAACAGAGCGAACCAUAUUUUUGUUUAUCAGAUUUUAUAGCACCAAAAUCAACCAAUAUCCCUGAUUAUUUAGGGCUCUUUGCAGUUGGAAUAUUUGGUGCAGAAGAUUUAGCUAAAAAAUUUGAGACGGAUCAUGAUGAUUACAAUGUCAUUAUGACAAAAGCAAUAGCAGAUCGAUUUGUCGAGGCUUUUGCAGAAUGUUUACACGAAGAUAUGCGUAAAACUAUAUGGGGAUAUUGUCCUGAUGAAGAUUUGACUUUAAGCGACAUGUUAAGUGUUAAAUAUAAAGGGAUUAGACCCGCGCCAGCUUAUCCUUCUCAGCCAGACCAUAGGGAAAAGAUUACAAUGUGGAAAUUUUUAAAUAUUAAAGAAGAAACUGGAAUUGAUUUAACAGAAGGAUUAGCCAUGUUACCUGCAGCAAGUGUAUCAGCACUUGUAUUUGGAAACCCAGAAUCGCAAUAUUUCUCAGUAGGAAAAAUUGAAAAAGACCAAGUUACGAGUUACACAGAACGCAUUGGGAAAGAUUUAGAAGAAACUGAAAAGUGGUUAGGGUCUAUUUUAAAUUACGAAAAUUUACAUUUUGGUGAUUUUUCUCAAUAUUGGUGGGAGACCAGACAAACUGAUAAUGAUUCUAUUUUAUAUCCUAUUAGAAUAAAUAUGAAAACAUUAGUUAUACUUAAUAAAACACAUUUUUUUAUCACAAUUAUUGAAGGCCAUAAAGAUUGUUUACAUAAACCUGGCUAUAUAUGUGAAGCAAAUAAUUUAACAAGUGAUAUUUUUGAUAAUGUUUCAGCUGCUGUAACUACACUUUAUAAGCAGUUGUUUCCUUCUUCUGAAACAAAAUUCUCAGGACCUCUUAUCAUAGGACAUGAUAAACCAGAAAUUAAUAAUCAAUUGUUAACAGAUGUAAUAUUUUGUCCAUUUAAUUGCAUGUACAAUAAAUUCACAAUAUUUAUUUAUGGAAUUGGUGUGUCCUCAGAUGAUGGAAUGUGUAAUGUAGGUCCAGGAUUUAAGUCUUCUUUUGUUUGUGUAAUAGGGUUUGAGAAAAAGAAGACAUUAUUUGUACAAGAGAUAAAUUAUAAAAACUCCAUUGUAAAAAUUUAUCAAGAUCAUAAAUUGAUGUCUACACAUGUUGGUAGUAACCCAAAUGAUGUGUGGGAAAAGUACCUAAAUGCUUGCCUGAAGAAUGGAAUAUUGCUAGCAAAAUGGAACAUUUAUGGAAUUAUCACUUACGAAAAUGUACAUUAG